ACUUUGUUAAAUAUUUUUAAAACACCAAUGCCGUUAAAUAUCCAGUCCAAAUAAUGGCUUCAGAUAAAACACGUUGAGUUUUUUUUAAGGAACAAGUCUGCUCUUGAUGGAUAACUGCUAGCGACACCAUUCACUUAUGGGUCUUGCUCCAGAUAAUGGGACAGAUUUGAAUUGCAAGUCUUAUGCUAGGCUUACACAAGAAUUUUGGUGGUUAUUAUUCAAUUCUAGGAAAAAGUGGGCGCCAGAAAUUCGAAUCUACCUUGCGCAUGGCUUGCUUAAGAUCUGCGCAAGUUAAAACUAGUGGGGGAAAGAAUAGUCUUGCGCAGAUCUUGAGCAAGCCAUGUGUAAGAAUCUGCUGCAAGUUUCUUGGGCAAGAAAUGCGUCAGAAAAUUUUGGCUGCACCAUAGAUCUUUACAAAGAAAAGCAGACAGUCUUUUCAAGAUUAUUGGGAUUAGUGCUAAGCUAUCUUUCAACAAUAGUUGUAAUUAUAUUAUUAAUUAUAUUCUCUGUACAACAACAAAAACUGAUCAAAAUGACAAAUCAGUUUUUUGAUGUCAAUUACACCUUGAAACGAUUACAAGACAUGGAUACAUCAGAUACUGACACAAUCAAGAUAACAUGGAUAUUUUAUGCAUUUUGUUGAGCUUUUACGCUAGCGAAUAUGCUAUUGUCUUGGCAAUGAUCGAAAAAAAGUUCAAAAGCAUCAACAACAAAUUUUUGAAAUUGAAACAUUCUAUAAAUGUACAUCUACAAAGUGGCAGUCUCAGAAAAUGUAGUGUACGUAAGAUGUGUAUUGUUGAAGUAAUUGCUUUGAAACGCUGUCAUGCAAAACUGUAUGACUUGUGUUCAAAAAUUUCAAAUUUCUACUCUUUUGGAAUGCUCUUCAUUAUACCGCACUGUGUUACAUGCAUAAUUAUAUACAUUUAUGACUUAUUAAUACCUUUCAUCAAAUAUUAUAUGUUUUCAAAUUUGAUUCUACGACGAGCGAGUCAGUAUGCGUGGAUGUUGAUGAUAUUGUUCCCAAUAUUGAUUGUUGCUAUGAUCGCAACCAAAAUCAAAAAACAGAUAAAAAAAACUGGUAUUGUCAUUCAAGAAAUUUUGCACGAAUGUUUAAUGAGUCCUGAAAUAAGAAAUGAAUUUAAAAUUUUUUCACUCGAAUUGCUGCAUCAAAAUUUUGAAUUUACUGCUUAUGAUAUUAUCCCAGUUGAUUGUUCGAUCUUACGAACGAUUUUUGGUGCAAUAGCAACUUAUUUGAUUAUAUUUAUUCAAUUUCAAGCUGAUGACUCAAAAAAUUAAAUUCCGAAAUAAAAAAAGCUGA